AUGGCGCCCCGCAGCAGAGGAAAGGCGAAAGAAAAAAAGGGAAGGGGCAGCCUGAUGGUCGAAAAAGUCCCUACAGAUGACGAAUGGGCCCGAAUGGCAAAGUUUGGUUCAUUCACAGUCUCGGACGACGACGAUGUGCUUCACCAGUUUCCGAGAGGUUCGACGGCGACUGUGCUUCCGAGCCACUGUUCUCCAGGGGAAGAUACGCCUUCUCAUGACUAUUGGGUGGCCAGGAUCAGGGACAUCCGCGCUCGGGUGGACGAAGUUGGCGAGAAUGAAGUGUGGGUCAGGGUGCAGUGGUAUUAUGGGCCGAGCGACGUUGCGGGUGUCCUAAAGUCGUUUAAUACCAAACCAUGCGGCAAGUAUGAACGCAUAUUGUCUGACCAUUUCGACUAUGUCGCGCCAGAGGCCUUCAACGAGGUUGUCAAUGUGCAUCAACUACGCGAUGAUGACCCCGAACAACCUUAUAUCGACCGCGACUCUUUCUAUUCAAGAUAUGAAAUCGAACGACAAGCCCGGAGACUGAAGCCAAAACCAGGUACGAACUCCUGCGUCUGCGCAAAACCAUAUAACCCCGACGACCCAUCUGAAGCCUCUCUCAUGCACUUUUGCCCGCGCCCCCGCUGUCGAAAGUGGUAUCACCGCACAUGCCUCGUCAAACAAGGAUCUCGAGAGACUUGCACGGCACGCUCUCGAAGUUUACGCCUGAUAUCCACGUCGCCUGAUGACGACCAACCUAUGUCUCUAUCCGAACGAAUACCCAUGCCUCCCUCGAAGCGGACGCGACACUCGCACGGGGGAAAUGGUACCACCAAGUCGGACGAUGUCGAUCCGACUGUUGCCUCUGCACUGGACCAGGUACCGGAUGGGCUGGUACUUGUGUCCGAGCAACCCAUCGUACGCGGGGCGUUGUACGAGCGGGGAGGUGUUUCGGGGAAUGUCAGAGCAGUGGUAAAUGCAAGGCGACUCGUGUAUGAAGCUCUGGCAGGGAAAACUACACCCUCCAAUUGGGAAGAAUUGGUUCUGGGAGCCCCAGGAUCAGAGUCGUCGUCCACCCUGGACGAUACUGUGGUUAAGAUCAAGGGCAAAAGGACAAACCCAUCCCUCCUCUGUCCUGAAUGUUCGAGCGCCAUCUAA